GUUGUUACGGCGGUAGAAGAACGUUUUUGUUUGAAGUGGUGUUUUCGGUUUGUUUUGCAUCGGGGUAAAUGUGGUUAGUAUAAGAUAUGCAGUUUGCCACGAAGAUACCAGUAAUUCGAGGGUAUAUGUAUUAGUCUAGUUUAUUCCGGACCGUAGUAAUUACCAGCAACAUGAUGUCCUCUUCCACCACGUUGGUAAACCCCCGAGGGAGGAUGGUGCGACAGAGGCAAGUCGCCAAGCCAAGCUCCUUGAUCUCAUCUAAGAUCAAGACUAAGAUCGCAAAUACCUCUUCUUUUUUUAAGGUAUCUCUUAAGACUAAUAACAAGGCUCUUGCCCUUGCUCUUGCGGCGCAGAAGGAGAAGAGCAGGCACCUCGAGACUGAGAUUGUACGCCUGCGGAAAGAGGUGCAAAGCUUGUGCUUUGACCUUGCCCUCCGUCGGCACAAGCAGACUCAAUUGGUUGCAGUACUGAAGGAUCUUCACAGCAAUGCUCUAAAGAGCUUGGCGGCUGCUGUAGACGUGCUGGCCCAUGAUGAUGUCUCCGAUCUACAGGAAGUUGCAGAUGAACAAUUGCAGGCAGAUUGUGAAGAGACAAACACAAAGCAUGGGAACCCAGCAAGCAAACCUUUCUCAUCAGCUCAGGUUCAAUUUGCUGAGUGUUCAGUACAGCCUGCAAGAGUGAGACGGGUAACAGAUACAGAUAACAUAUGUCCACUCACAGCAGCACUCGGCAUAACCACACAAUCGGAGCCUAAUACUUUGAAAGGAAAUAUAUCUCAAGCAAACAUGGCAGGGACAGAAAACUCAGCUCCCACGACUCAAGUUGCCACUAGGUUACCCAUGGAGUUAGAAAAGUGGUCUAAGAUCCCUUCAAACACUCCACAGAAGGUCCAAGAUAUUAUUGAAAAUACUCUUAACAUGGCCCCUGCAACCAAUACAGUAAAUUAUGUUUCAGGAGAGUACAGUAGGGGAUCAUUAUCCAGCACAACAGAUGAGACUCCUCUUGAUCCCCCAUACCAAGAGCAGACGACACUGGUCGAUAAAGAGAUGGAAAUCACCUUUAGUGACAAUGCUGAAAUAGAUGCUGUGGAGACCAAGCCCAAAAAGACCACAAAUCACUCUGUAGCCAAGCCAAGAAGAAAGCAAAAGGUUCGGUUAGACACAUCCUGCCCUCUCGGGAAGGAGAGGAUGCAGAUGAAGAACAGUUCAGCUGACAGAAAAGAUACCCUGAAAGCAGACUGCUCUGCUACUUUGGAAAAAACUGAGGCACAGGAGCUGGUGGGUCCUGUAAGGCCCCUGCAGUUGUAUGAAGCCAUGGACAAGGCAGAGCAGCUGGAGGAGGAAUGCAGAGUGUCCGAAUCAGUUGUGACACACAGGAAGACCCAUGUCACCUCUCGGAGAACCAAGCAUCAGAGUCGUGAAGUUCAAAAAGAGCCAACCGUAGAUGAAUCCAUUGCAAAUAGACUACAGUUUAGUAGAAUUUCAGUCACCUCUCAGAACCAUGAUGAUAACAAUGUAUUAUUUUCUCAAAUUAAAGAUGAUUAUUUUAGAGACCCUGAAGUUCAGAACUCUGGAAAUGUGGAAAUUCCCUGGGAUGCAGAUGUGCAGGAUGGUAAAACGCCUUGUUUAAAAAGUGAACAGACUUUCACUGUCCCCACAUCUUAUUCUUCUAUAAAUAGACGAACCUAUGUAAUAGAUGAUUGCGCAAUAGGCUGCCUUGAAACCAAAAGCAAGGACACAGUGUUCCCCCUGAGGAGGGAUGAUGAUUUGGCCCAUGAAGGAUACAACCCAGAUCUGUCUCUUGUUCUUGAUGCUCCUGUUUCUGUUGGAGGAACUAUCUUGGUGACAGAAGUCUCAGAAUCACCGCAGGAUCCUUUCCAAGAGAAUCCACAGCUCUCUGUUGAAUUCCGGGCAGCUGGGGAUCUAGAGAAUUCCGAAGACUUGAUCAUGAAGGAGAGACCUCCUUGGGAGUGUCUGAACACCUGCUCCUUUAUUGACACUAAAUCCAAGAACACAAGUAAAGAGAGCACAUUCAGAUUUAGGAAGAAAAACACCCGGAAAGAUGACUUCUCUCUUCCAGUGAACGAAAAUCUCACUAGCAGUGAGCCCAGAAAGAUGUCGAGGCAGUGUGAUGUAGAAAAUGUGGCUUCAUACCACCAGUUACAUCCUUCCAGUACUGCAAGAGGUUAUGAGGAAGGGCAAGAAAAGAAAAAGGGCAACAAAAUACAAAGUGAAGUCAACAGAAAAGCUUAUGUUACCAGCAACUCACAAGUGACAAGGAAGAAUGCUGAGUGUGGAGGUAUUUGUUCAGCCAAUGGCAUCACUCCUGUUCUGGGAGUCACAGUAAAAGCUGAGGAAGGCUCAGAGUUGCUAUGGGACACCUUAAAAUGGCAGACCAAGGGUGACAGACCUCACUGCAGUGCCACUGCACCCUCAUCAAUUCCCUGUUCUGAGCGGGUCCUAGCUGAAAAUCCAGCUGCUAGUCCUCUUCCGAAAUCAAGGGUUAGUGUGGCAGGUCACACUGGGUCAGGGACAAGAGUAGCAGAUAAAUCCCCAGUUGAAAAGGGGAAAGUUUUGAAGAAUAUAACUAAUACAAACUGGACAGUAGAGGAUGAAUCUCAUCUGACAAGAAGGCAGGGGAGAACUGUGUCUUACAAGGAACCUUCCAUCAACAGCAAAAUGAGGCGUGGGGAUAAAUUUACUGACACGCAGUUCUUGAGUUCGCCGAUAUUUAAAGGUAAAAAGAGGAAGAAGCAGCCUGUGAAGAAGGAAAGAGGUGAAGCUCCUGUGGUGGCUGGCCAUUGAUUUGAUUGUAUGAUAUUCUAGAGUAUAUUUUAUUCUCAUGCGAAUGAACAGUGCUUGUGCUUAUGAAGUUUUUGUAUUUUAACUUCACUUUAAUAAAACUAUAUCAUUACAACAUUUAGCUGUGAUCCGCAACCAGGAGAUAAUGACAAAAUAAACUAUGUGCUGUUGGCACAAUCAAGUGUUGAA